AAGUGCGAUGGCCUAAGGCCGGCAUGUUCCAGCUGUAUGAUGCGCCGACAAUCCUGUGUUUAUACGGCGGAACCUGAUGCACCGCCCAUCGUCUCCUUGAAGCGCAAGUUUGAGGCACUGCAGAAGCGACAUGACGAAGUCUCUCGAUUAUUGGAUCGACUGAAAUCGGGUUCGCCGGCCGAUGCGCAUGAGCUUCUCGAGAGUCUUCGACGA